AUGCAUAUGUGCGUUCUGCUCCGUUAUCCGUGCAGACUUCUGCUGCGUCAAGUUUUAGACGAUAUGUGGGGUAUUAGCACAAAGAGUGCCUUAAAAAGUUUAACUAAAAAGGAUGUUGAAAAAUGUGCUCAAAGUAGAUCUGUCAUAAUUGUUGGCGGAUGGAAUUCAGAAGAGGUUCAGUGCAGACCAUUAGUCAAAGAUAAAAAGCCAUUGAAACGGUACCAAACAAACUUUAUUGGAGGCGAAUUCAGAAAAUUUAUUGUUGCGAAAUUUGUCGCGCUUCGAGUAAAUCACAUAUUUAAAGCUGGGUAUUUCACCAAAUCUACGUAUGUUAGAAUCUCAGUUGAACCAGCUUUUGUCCCUCCUCAUCGCUACGAGGCUGCGUUCAUUAUCUGUGUGACACCUUCAUUUCUGUUAAUAGUACAGACAGUUGCCUUAUCGUUGUCAAUUUAUUCGCACUUCUUGGUGAAUUAUAAACUUUUUUCGAAGGCAUAUUGGAGAUUCACUGAAGCGAGCUAA